ACUUGUUUUCUUACUAUUUUAGCCACCUGCUUGGAACCCUUGGGAAUCUCGGAUGGUAGAAUCAAAGAUAGCCAGCUUCACGCUUCGUCAGCGUUUGAUAAUGACUUUAAUACGUUUGGCCCUCAUAGAGCCAGGCUAAACAUCUCAAGCUGGCCGCAGGGAUAUCGAUCCGCCACUGACCAGUUAAACAGUAGCUGGUUUAAGGUAGAAAUCGGGCGCAUUAUGGUGAUAACAGGGAUAGCAACUCAAGGAUAUGGUGAUGUGUCAGUGAAUGAAUGGCUGACAGCGUAUAUUCUACUGUACAGUCAAGGAAAGGAGGAUUACACCUUCUUCCGGGAGAGAAAUGCAAAUAAUGCCCAGGUUAGAAGAGUUACUUUUUUAAAACGUUUAUCUAACCUUUCUGCCUUAGGCGAAAUUAGUCAACAUUUUUAACUCCAGACCACUUUAAUCCAGACUCGAGGAAUCGAAUGCGACCGGUCUGUUAUAGCACAAUGUGUUAACUCUCACUAACUAAACCUGUUACUGCAACCGACACUCUAAAUAAUUCUUUUUCAAACUUUUUUGUUCGCUUUUAAUGAGUACAAUUCGGAUGGAAAUUUUCAAGUAAGCAAUAUACAAACUGUUAAAGUAAAAUAUAAAAGCAGAGAUGACUUUAGCCACAAACACUUGACACUACACUACGCCGGCGACGCCAGACCAAUCGACUUGCUGCAGUGCAUGCGUAUAGCCGGAAUAACCUAAGAGUCUCUUCAAAGGGCGUGAGCGAGUUCUGCACAAUAACGUUUUGGUUGCAGCUUCCGAGGCGAAAUCUUAUGUAUUCAAAUAAAGAUAAUUAGGUCUAACUAUAGAACAGCUUCAGUUGAAAUCUGCCUUAUAAGAAGUCCGGGACGAUUCCUUGAAUCAAAUAAUUUAUACAGCGGGUUUCUGGACAGGUGAGUACAAUGUGCGAGUUCCAUCGCUCCGUUUAUUUUCUCUCUUUUAUUCGGCGUGCUCACAGGAUAUUUCAUAUACAUUUUGCGCCUGGAAAAACCAUCUGCUCAGUUUUAGCGUAAAUUACUUAUCCAUGCUUUGACCCAAUAUAAACUUACUGACUGACUGUGGUUUCGAAUUGUUGUUUAGCACUUCUCUAGCUCGUAUUUAUACAUUUCGAGAACAUGAUUGGCAAAAGUCCUUUAAAUCAGAAGUGAUCCCUGUUCAAAUCACAAAAUUCAAUCUGUAAUAUGCACAGUAACUUUAAGGCCACACUAUGUGGCCCUUAUUGAUGUUAAUUUGAGAGUUAUAAAAUUCAGCAUUUCACUGCAUUACCAAACUAAAAAGUUAUAGGCUAAAGAAGGUGGCAUCACCAGAUGAUGCGAAAUCAGCGAUUGAUUAAUUUUCAUAACAAAGUUUCUCUAAAAGAAAGACUUAAUUAAAUGAAUCAGUAUUCUCUUUAUAUAGCUUUGAAGAAGCGAAUAACUCAUUUUGCUUCUCUCAUCAUGCCUCUCAUAAGAGUCAGAGUUUAGUACAAUUUGUGGUAAUUUUUUUUAAUACUGCAUUUUAUCUUUAUUUGUUAAAUAUUUGGUGCAACCAAGCUGGUGCAAUUUUAUCAAAUGUGUUUUGUUCCAGAUUCAUAUAGUGUUUAUCAAUUGGCCUAAUGUUUAACAUUCAUAAUUAUCAGAUACUUUUGAAAAUUAUUGAUUAACAUCGUGAGAGUUAAUUGACUGAAAGUGAAAUCGAAAUUGUGUAUAACAUUGAAGAGAGAAACUUUCGCACCCCAUGGAGAACCUCAGUUUCCUUUAUACAAAGAAUAUAACCACAAAAAAGUCAGACUUCUACAUGAUUCACAAAAUCGAACCUAUGAAUACAAUCCAAUGGGACAUAAAAUUCGUGCACUGAAAAUUAGUAAAUAUACCAAGCCAUGUUUUUUUUUGGCCGAAAAAAGUAGUAUCUAGAAUAUCGUUGUGGUAAACAAAGGUUGAAGACGAAACAUUAUGUGGGCAAAUAGGCACCUAGCGGCCACCUGACGACUUUUUUCAAAACAAACUUUUUUACAGAAUUUUCUUACAUUGUAAAAAAAGGAAGCUGAAGGUCCUGUUCAGUUCUGUUACAUCUCAACUGAUUUUCCAUUCCGCUGAAAAGUACUUUCAAGACUAGCUAAUUUUACUACAAAGCUGGGAAAAAUAUCUGUGGUUAUAGAAAGAGAAAUUGAUUUGACUAUAGCUUUAAAAAUUUAGGAUAACCUGGAUCGGGACUAUCUAAGAAUGGAAAAAAUACACAAUACUCUAGAACAUUCCUCGUUCGAUAAAAAACUUCUCAAAAUAGCCUUUGGUUAAAUUUAUUUUCAGGGUGAAAAUAAAUUUAACCAAAGGCUAUUUUGAGAAUUUGCUUGUCGAACGAGGAAUGUUCUAGAGUAUUGUGUAUUUUUGGCCAUCCUCAGCUAGCCCCGGUUAUUCGAACGUUGGAUAGUUGCUAUCCACCGGGUAAAUCAUUCUCCAGUGAAUACGGUUUACGGGAAACUAUUGUGUUAUCCACUCAGUGAUAGAAAUUUAUUCAGUGGAUAGCUCUAUUCACUCUUUAAACAACCGGGGUCAGAACUCUAAACGUCCAUGACAUAAAGCUGUGACCUGCUAAGUACUACCGGAGUUUCUACUGACAAAAUAUUGCAUUCUUAACACUAAAGCACACGAGUUGUCGAUGGUUGCCGCGAAUGUAUCCUCGUCGAGCGCGGGGAAAGUGUUGCAAGCAACUUCUUACCUCUGACUGGCUAAAAAUUAAGAAAUGUUAAACACGCAGCGUGCAGCCAUCGCGUUAUGGAUGCACGUGAGAGGUUGCUAGGCAUGAAAGAAACGUAAGAGUUGCUCGAGGCGUAGCUAGCUUCUUAAGUACAUAGCAAACCUUCCAAAUGCAUCUAUAACUCGAUGCUGCACAGCUGGAAGGUUGCCAUUUCUUUUAUAACAUAAUCAAAAGAGAAAACAUGGCGAACAGAUUGGCGAGAAAUAGAUGGACAUUCAAAUUUAAAUAACUAUUCCUAAAUUGCUACACUUAGAACUUCCUCUUCAAAAAACGCAGGUUAAUUAAGGAUUUCGAAGCCGCAACGCGCUCUUAGAAGUCUUUUGUUUUGUUUGUUUGUUUUGUUCUUUUCGGUUUCUGAAAAUUUUAAUUUGCAGUAUCUGUUAUUCGACAUUACCUUACCUAUAGAGACUAGAAGGAUUAAAUAAUGGCCUAUGGUCUCCAACUUUCAACCAGUCCGGCAUUGCCCAAUUUUAUUCUUUUGCAUUUUUGUGAGUGUAUUAGGAUUACAACCGAGAAAUUUUCAAGCGAUUCAAUUACUACCCUUCGUACAAUUUUAAAAGAAUGUGAACGAUCAUUACCAUGGGUAGCAGUGCAUAACUAAGGGCAGAAAAAAAUGUUUGCUUGACGUUCAGUUGAAGACUUAAAACAAUUUUUUCCCCACAGAUGUUUAUGGGUAAUCACGACAGUAACACAAUACAACUAAACCGCGUAAUUCUGCCAGCCAAAGCCUCAAGUGUGAUGUUAAGACCCAUCAGCUGGACAAACAACUUCGCUGUCAGAAUGGAGCUGUAUGGCUGUCACUCAAGUUAGACAACAUUUUGUUUGUUUAUUUGCUGUUUCCAUAAGAUAACCUGUACGUAGCUGAAGGGUCAAGGUCUUUUGUGACUCAAAUUCUCAAUGCUCGCUCAGUUACACGUUUGCGUAAAUGCGUCAGUGCCGACUUUUCAGUUUACUAACUGAAUGACUGUACACCUCACUGUACUCACUGUUUGUUUGCAGAUUACUACGUCGUGGUCUGGUUAAUGCUAGCUAAUUCACCUUUCACGAUUGAGUACUUGGAAUCUUGGGAUGACCAUCACAAGUGGCGCUCAACUGCAGCUGGCGUAGAACAAGAGGUAUGAUUUAAGACAAAGAUGAAGUGUCAUUAACCCUAUUCAGACUGGGCAUUUUCUGUUUCCUGUGACCGGGGGGUGGACUUCGGAAGCGCUCCUCUAUAACUUCAAAAUCGCUCAUAAUACGGCCACCAAAGUUACACAGAAUAAUGUGCUCAUCAUUUCCAGAAUCUAGGCAUAACUCGAUUGACACAAUGUCGUAAACUGACGUCCAUAUGAUUGGAUAUUCUUCAACCCAAAGUUUUCCUCAAAGUAGCCAUAAAGCGAAAAACCUUAACUAGUAAAGUGUCUGAUGUAACCAAGAAGUUAACUAACACAUAAUUUACAAUCUUUAACCAUAUCAGUGAUGUCAUGAUGACGUCAUAAAUUACCUAAAGAAGGAACUAGAACGAUCUGCCUUCUUGGAUCCGCCAUUUUGAAUUACUUAAAUGUAUUCCAUUUUACUUAAAACCCGUAUAAAUCAAGGUAAAGUGAAAGCGAAAGAUAAUUUGAUCUGUGUAUAAAAGGAUGCUUAGGAAGCAAAAAUCUGCAAGUUAUGAAAUUCGGAGAGAAAUGAAGUCUGUUGAAAAAUGAACCUAGCAUCUUCAAUCUUGUCACUUUAAAUUCAUGUACUUUUUCCUCAAAUUAGCCACUAAAGAGCCUGGAUUACAUUGAUAUUUCAAAUUAAUUCAAUAAAGUAAUGCUAAAUUAAGUGUAAUAUAAUAAUUCAACAAGUAAAAAAAGAAAAAAAAAACUUUUUUGUCAGAAAAAUGCAAAUUUUGAAAAUCAUUGCUGUUAACAUUAGGUUGCCAUGAUAACGUCACUGUUGACGUGCACGUGAAGGCGACUUUAAAAUUAUUCCAGAUAAAUUUUAUAAAACUCGCGGUCAUAGCUUGGACGGUUUGGAAUUUAUUCAACUUUUUUGAGAGCGGUCUGAAUAGGGUUAAAAUUGAGUUAGUUGUCAGUUGUUGCUGUUAGAGAAUAUACAAUUGACUUACCUUAUCAACAUUACAAAAAUCUUUUUUUAGGUCACUAAUCUGCUGAAAAACAUUUUCGGGUUUUUGAGUACUCGAGUGCUGCAUUUUAGGUGAGACUUUGUCAAAUAUUGUUGGUUUAGCAUCAGGAAUUAAAGUACGACGAUACGUAAGAUACCCCAAGGGAAGAGUCAGUGUUUGAUUCCUAGCCACUAUUACAAACAAAAAGGCAGACAGUUAAACCCCACAUUGUCUUACUCCCCUUUUGUGUAAAGAUAUGUCGCGGUGGACCCUCCAUACCAACAUGACACAUCCAAAGCUUACCAGGUAAGAGAAGAAAACACAAUUGAUGUUACUACUUUGUGAUUUUGUGCCCUGUCCAAAGCAAUAGCGGAGAGAAGUGGGACGUCACAAAAAUUCAAAUUUGUGAAAUCAUGGGAUUGGUUAGCAUACUCAGAAAGAACAAGAUGAAAAAAGCCCCCUUGGCAAAAAUCAGCCCGUUAGUGCAAAUUGGUGGGUAGAUAUAAAAACCGGUUUCCUCAGAUGACUCCGAACAAAUCCUUCUAAAACUGGCUUGGAUCGUAACGUUAACAAUCCACGCCUGUCUCAGAAGGAUUGAUUUAUAAGGAGUCGUCGGAGCAUAACGUUGCUUCUAUCUCCUCACCAAUUUCCUCCAACAGACUGAUUUUUGGCAAGUGGACAUUUUUCAUCUUCUUCUUUCUAAAUAUGCCAACCAAUCCCAUAAUUUCAAAAAUUUAGUUUUUGUGACGUCAUCACAUCUCUUUUCUGUUCCUUACCGGUAAUCCUAUGCAGUUGGGGCUUUUGUUUGUGCUACCUGGGAGUGAGGCCUUUCUGAGGAUUCCCCUCUAUAACUGUAAAACCGCCCAUGUUAAGGCCUCGACGUCAACAUCUAUGUAUAACUUGAUUAAAACGAUGACGUUAUUGGGUGUCAUCAUGACGUCAUAUUGAUGACAUUAUUGGCUGAACCCAUAUUUCCUCAGUAUUUCCCCUCUAUUAGGCGAAAAACAGUUAAAGAGAAACGAAUCCGAUAACAUUUGGCUAACACAUUGACAAUCUUCAACAUUAGGAGUGGCGUUAUCUUGGAUCCGCCUUUUUCCGGUUUUGUUAAAUACACAUUGGACGCUCAUCACUUAACGGACACUCUCGUAAGUGGGCAGCUCUGCUUACGACUGCCAUCAUGAAACCCCAUUUCAACUCCCAUACACACUCUGUAUUUUUUCAUUCCUGUCCUGGACGUUUAAGUAGGCGGUCGCGGACAUUUUCAGGGUUUUACUAAUUGGAAGUUUUCUCCUUUUCCUCAACCAGGAGUAUUGUCAGAAAACAGUAGAAUUUGUUUCCUUCCUCGUCUUUUUGCUUUUUGCUGUCGUUGUGUUUCUCUUACCUUUUUUAUUUUAACCUAAGGUCUCGCUUUUUACAGCCCACAGGAAUCAGAAAAGGAUGGGGCAAUGGUAAAAGCUCAGGUCUUGAUAGAAUGUCUCCGAGAGGGUCAGGCAAAUAUACUUAACAAGUUAAAAGAUGAAAUAUCUUCUCGACACGACACUUCAUUUGACACAAAUUUCUUCACAAUUCAAUACGCAGGUAAAAAAUGGUACCUGUCAACUUAAGUAACUAAUUUUAGGUGGUGUCAUACCUAUCUAAAUACAGUUUCCGGAACUUACUGUGCGGUUUAUGCUACUUUGGUAGCUACCGAUUUCCAGCUGACUCCAAAUAAUUUAUUAUAUGAUUCUCAUUCAAUAAUUGUUCAAUAUUUUCAGCCAAUGAAGUGAACCUUCUUGCCAAUGUUUCGUUGAAUCUAAGCAAAAAUUUACAGACCGCAAACGAGAUACUACCAGAGGAGCGUUACAUAGUUGAAGCACGAGUAUCUGUGAAAAGUGGACUUCUUAAUUCCACCUCCAAGAAAUACGACUUUAAAUGGGAGAUUUUUACCAUUCAUGGGACUGGUCAAUUCUAUACAGCUGUCGAAUUGAAACUGAACAAUGAAAAGAACAUUAUAAUAAACGCUGAGGAGAUGUCUAAGAGUCUCACGUUAGUACGGGUUUCCGUGAAGCCAAAAGGGUUGAGUACACCCUUUUCGUACGACUACGGGUUUAUCAAGAUCUUACCGCGUCUUACUGUCAAGGUUAGAGGGCCAGAUUUACUUAUAAAAGGUGGAGAGCCUAUGCAAUUACUCUCAGAUGUCAAGGGUAUACUGCAAGACUCUUUUGGUGCUAAAGCUGAAAAGAAGAAAUUUUUCUGGACUUGUAGGGUUGAAGAUUCAACUUCACCCAAUUUAUUAUUUCCAUUUACUUCUGUCAGCGAGAACCUCAAAAAUACCCCAGACUGCUUUGUUGGUGGCAAUCUUAUCAAGAACACUUCAAAUGAAAAUCUAGUUGUUGAGCCUGACUUGUUGCUCUCAAUGAGGACUUACGUGUUUCAACUUAUGGUGUCUCAAGGACGCAGAUUUGCAACUGCAUCCCACAAGCUUCGUGUAGACACUAACAUUUCAUUUGCCAUAAAGUAAGGAAGGAUCCCUUUUUAUUACAUUAUCCACAACAAAGUUUAUUUUACUUAAGCAUGUGCGCCCAAGGAGAUAUCCCCCUUAAGACUAGACCCCGAUUGUUCAAAGGUUGGAUAGCGUUAUUAUUAAGUAUUAGGAAAACCAAUUGCGUGAUCCACUGGAUAGUGAUUUAUCCAGUCGAUAACUCUAUAGCCACCUUUUGAACAACAGGGGCCAGAUGUAUUAGGUUUAUAAACCAGUCAUGUGAGGUGCCAAAGGGUAUGCGUUUUUUCAAGCUUCAAAACAGAGUGUCUUGUCCCCUCUCGUCAUCGGUUGGCAUGUUCUUAUGAUACCAAUAGUGCAAGUGGGCGUGAGAAAUUUAUGGAACGUUUCCAACCUCAGGCAAUUCACGUUAAGGCAUGGUUGAAAGGCUAAAAAGACCCCUCAUAGAGAAUGCAAAGAUCUUUUCAAUAACGCAGAAGGAUCCAAAGAAACGGUUCCACAAAGAUAUGAUAAGAUAUAUCUCACUAGCAUAGUUUUAAAACAUUCAUUCCAAGCAUCACGUGACAUUCCUUGGACCAUGAAGUCACAAAACCUGUUUCCUCAAACGGGGCAAGGCUGUUAAACUGCAAGCUAAAAAUAUUUGUCAUCAAAUUGUCAGCCAAACUGUCUGGAUUGUCAAUUAGUCUUGCAGGGUGGAUUAAAGCAUUUUUAUUAAGAGUUACUAAAGUCUUUUAUAAGUCGCGUGACCUGUUUUUCUUUAUUUCGUAAUCAUUGCUGCACUUAGCAACACAUGCAGGGCUAUUUCCUAAUGUCCAGGCUAUGGGAAAAACACUGGUGCCUAAGAGUAUUUGCUUCUCUUUCAUUUCCUUUCCCCCGUUUUAAUUUGAACACUUUGACCGUUAACGAUCAUUUGCAGGUCACGUGACUAAUAUUUCAACAAUGAAUAUGUCACAUGUUGUUAAGGCUACCGAGCUGAAACUGUUUGCCAAGUUUCAUGACGACAGAUCAAAACAAUCCGUUUCAAAUGCCACUUCGCCAAAUUAUGCAAAUUGUAAGGUGACCCAUGCCUUAACAUGUCUGAGAGAAUAAAUGGAACCACUCAAAAAUAGAAUAUGGCAACAAAACCUGAGGCGUAGUAAAAACCAACUCACCACUCUUCUGACCAUAUUGGAGAAUGGACUUUUGUUGCACGUUAGGUUAAAAUGAAGCAGUGGAAACAAUUUGAUCAUCAAUUUGAUGGAGGCAAAUUAAUGGCAGAUAGAUAGAGGACGAAGACGUUUUUAAUCAUAAGUUAUAGGUGCCAAAAUUUUUAUAAGUACAGUACAUAUUAUUAUAACUUUUCCUUUCUAUUUAUCAGAUGUGUCGCAAACUGUGGGCAAAAGGUCAGCAUCAGGAGAAAAUUUAUCUUCGACACCCAAUGUGAAGGGAUUUCUUGUUCUGCUAUAAAAAACUACAGCUGGUCUCUAUAUGUUCGUCUUGAAAAUGGCUCUCAGUCUUGGCGCGAGAUCAAUAAUCUCUACACAAUAGCGUUGACAGCAUUGAACGGUCCAAAUGUAAUCUUCAAUGGAGGCGAUUCAUCUCUAAACAGGUCCUUGUUAAUGGGAAACAAGACUUACAAAAUACAUAUUAUUGCGUGGAUAGACGGCAAUAACUUUAGAACAGACGAGCACAUUUUUCGCACCAAUUCACCGCCCUCGAAGCGAGAUAGUAAUUUUGGAUGUUUCAUGGAGCCAAGGAUAGGUAAUGCCAUCGAAACUGAGUUUAAAAUCAGUUGUGCGAACUGGUCGGAUCUUGACACUCCACUAAGUUACCAGUUUUCAUAUCAAACGAAUUUUGGCAUCGUAGUAUUUUACACAGGAUGGCAGCCAAAUGUGACAACCGAGUUACCAGAGGGCAGCAAGGCUUCAAACUAUUCACUUCAUCUGAGGUUACAAGUCAUAGAUUCCUUGGGUGAUUCUUCGUUAGAACUUAUCACUGCGCAGGUAUUUAUUACGCAAAAUAACGGUAAAUACCCGUAGGACAAGCGUCACACUUGAUCCCCGUUAUAAUGGCCCUUCUAAGAAUGUAUCAGUAUAUUGUGACUCCCCUUAGCUCAUUCAGACUUGUACAUACCGGUGGGUAGCUAUGGGGAUUGAGGGGACCCCUAGAAUCCCCCCGUGUUUAGCUUCGACAGCACUUUCAACUGUUCAUUUUUUCAAGCCCAUUCAAGAAUUGAAUUCCGCCUUGCCGCACACACUUAAGCAAGUCAGCAUUGCUGCUAACUACGGUUUCAUGCAAGCUAACCUUCAACUUUUCACAGGUUUGGCCACCAAAGGCUUCUAGUGUAGAAGAUUCUCAGAGAAAGUUGGAUAAUCUCCUAGAAUCAGGCGAUGUCAACAAGGCCAUGCAAAUAGCGUUUUCUCUUCUGUCUGCUGCUGGCGACUCGGUAAGUUGUAAUUUAACACGAUCCUCGGAACGUUAAUAAGGCAAUACUGAUUAUUUCAGUGAUAGGUUUCGUUACUUGAACGCAGGGAUGAUAUUCCAUGCUUACCUGUAUGCACUUUUGUAUGCACAGUUCCAUUUAAUGAGACGCAAUCUUAAAGCGAUCAACAGAUAGAUGUAUUCGUAUAAAGGGAGUUAAAAACCUACUAUGUCAAAUCAAAUAUACUGGCCACCAAAGCGAGCUAAAAAAAAAAGGAUCAUGAAGUAUCGUCGAAACUCACAGGCCAUUGAAAAAUACAAAGAAGAAACGUGACAUGCAUAUCUAAACCUGGUAAGUUAUGAGAAACUCAAUUUCUUUCAGUAAUGUUGCAGCCCCGAAUUAUUGGUAACUGUGUAAAUUUAUUUUUGUAACUGUACAUAACUUUCUCCUCUAUUAAGUUUAAGAACGCUUUACUCGAAAAGAUGACGACAGUAAAAAUAGGCAGUCUCCAGCAAGCUACAAUGGUUGUUGGAGUUGUUGCUCUAGCUACAGAUGCCGACAAUGGGAUUUCGAGUGAUUCUCAGGUAUGAUGUUACUGCGGCUUUACGUAAAAAGACUACCUCAAUACAUACAGGUAAAACCCACGCCUAAGAACCUGCAUUUUCCCAAGUUACUCUAAACACUGGUUCUUACAUAGAUUGUAAUUAGCACAAAUUUAGGCUAGUUAGGUCAUUUUCUGAAGAAAAAAAUACAUUGUAGAGAAGAUUAUUUAGUGGUAUAUAGCUCAUUCCUUAGUUAAAACCUGUAUGCCAUUACAAUUGCAUUUGGUGUAAUAAGGCACCUGUGUCUCCAAAGAGAAUCCUGAAUGUUGAAUCUUCUUAUUUGCCAAAGUGUACAGAAUUGUUUAAGAGAUUAUUUAGAAAACAAGAACCUGUUUCAAAUUUUUGGCUAAACAGGUUCUUGUAUAGAGGAGGCCUAACUGCCAAAUUUUAGCCUAACAGGUUCUACAAAGACCAGCAGGAUCUUAGUCGCGGGUUAUUAGGCCGCAAUACCGUUAUGAUGUAUUGUUAUCUAGUGCUCAUGUUUCUUCAGAGGGUUAUUGAAAGCCGGUAAAUAAAAGUGAUGAACAUUGACAACCAUCUGUAUUUUACAUAACGUGAUCAAAAAUCUUGCCAAAGUUAAAGAAAUUUCUUAUUGAUUUCCUUCCACUUGGGAGUCCGUCAGUAAGCACCUUUCCGGAAAGAUGCGUUGUCUUUAACAUAACCUAGGGAUUGAGUUCAGUUGAGCUUCGUGAUUCGUGCGAUAUCGGUUUUCACGUGCAAUUUAACGCGGAAUUCCCAGGUCAGGUAAAGAAUUUUCCUAUAGUAUUGUAUUUCUUUCCAUAUACAGGUUAAUUCAGUAUAAGAACAAAUUAAUACAGUAAAAGGUAAAUGUAUGUGGUUUUGUGUUGAUGUCUCAAUUACAGGACAAUGCCUUGAACUUGUUAGGAAAUGCUGCCAACUUUAUUUCCACUCAACUGUCAAGUGGAUCCGUGGACUCGGACUUAAUAGAGAGUAUAGGUACCAGCCUAUUCAGUGGUAUCGGGAACGUGCUAGACGCUGCGUCCAGUGAAGCCCAGACAGACACUGAGGAUGUAGAGAGAGAUGAAAUAAAGCCAAAGAGUGGUAAUGAAGCUGAGAAAGUGGCGAUGAAAGAAAAAGUAAGAGGAAAAUUCACCCUCUUGAAAAUUCUACAUUCGCUUUUUUUAUGACAAAUUUAGUCUGCUGAAAGGCUGGCAAAGCUACAAAAGAACCUUCAUCUUAAGUAUCAACAUACUGACUUCACUUAACGACCAUGCAACAAAACUGUGAAACUGAAUUUCAAUUUUUCUAAUAUCAGUUAUAUGCAAAAUCAUUGAUAAUCGACUGUUGUACCAAUACUUUCCAACGUCAUUUCUCAUGUUCCAUAAGAGUAUAGACCAUGGAUUUUUUUUUUUGUGGGGGGGGGGGAUUUAUUAAAUAGAACACUGGUUGCGUUGGUCUUACCAGGUUUACCAACACAACAGGGCUGGGCUCCAACUUAAGUGUUGCUAGGAGCUACACACUAGGGAUGGAGUAGUCACUGAAAGAGAUUGUUUCGUCCUGGUGAUUCUUUUACAUGCUACAAAAGUCUGAGCAGUCGAAUUCCUUCGAGAAUGUUCGUAAGGUUUCUCCUUCUUAUGCAAAAGUGACCUAAAUAGACUCUAACAAUUGCGAAUCUAAAACAAAGUGUUGGUCCGAAUUUAGUACAAAAUCCAUUGAGCUAACAAACAUGAUGUUAGAUUUUGGAACUGUGAAGGUUGUAUAGAAUAGAUUAUCAUAGCCCUGUUAUACAGACUUGGACAGUACAAGCAAAACAAAUUCUUUUUCAAGUUUUAUUUUAUAAUUUUGCCCCUCUUAGUUUCCAAGAAGGUCUAAGCCACUUUUCUCUCUUUGACAGAGUAAGCAAAGAGCACGAUCCUCUUUGAAUCUGGUGUCUCGAGUGGCUGGUAGUCUGCUGUCUACAAAAGAUGUUGGCGGAGAGCCCACCGAGUUCAAGACCAAGUCCCUGAAGGUUCUGUUGGAUCGUCAAAAGAGCUCAAACAUGGGAGGCAAGAAGCUUGGGCAAGGACCAAGCGGGGUGGCCUUACCUUCCACUGACUCGCUAUUUUCCGGGGGCAAACCACCCGAAAAUAUUGAUUCACAGGUAAACAACAGUAAAUAGCUUGCACAAAAACAAAUCUAAUGGCCACUUUAAAAAAUACAAGAUUUGCCCAAGGGUCGAUGGAGAACCUACACCACCUUGCAUAUUGAGUCUACAAUUCAUAUCCACCUUGGCGCAGUAAACCACAGUCUCAUAAAAACCGUUUAAAUUCUUAAGCGUUUUCCCUUCAACACCUCACGUCUAUACAAGCUAAGAUUGUUAGCUGCAAACUAAAGAACUAUAUGUCACUGGAUUAAAAAUAAAACCGAUGGCAAAAUUAAAUAGGAAACUUUGGUCGUAUAAUAGUUAAGUAUCCCAGAAUUCUGACAUUUAACAGUUAUUCUUUGAAUUCGAGGUAAACAUUCCUAAAGCCACUAUGGCUGACAUUUGGCGACGCUACUACCGGUUUCCCCACCAAAUGACGUCUGAGAAACGAGCGUAGAAAUUCCAUACUGAUGAUGGGUCACUACCCAGAUCUGGGAAGCCCACGCGGCGUGACCAAUCAGAAGCACUACCCAGAUCUGGGAAGUGACGCGCUCGUUUUUCAGACUCAUUUAGCAGGGAAACCAGUGGUAGCGUCGCCAAAUGUCGGCUGUUUUCUCAGGCUAUGACGGAUCAAAUCACGCGAGAGUUUGAAAAUAGAUCUUUGCAGAAUUUUCAAACAUGGCAAUUCACAAGUUUUUCACUUCGCAAACAACAGUGUAGUGUAAUGGCUUAAAUGGAACCGUUAAAAGUUUGAAUUGUUUCCUUAACUGAGAAGAAAAGUAGAGCUUUGCUGUUUUCUGUUGACUCGCCAAGUUUAUAGCCAAACCGGUUUGUUGUGUCGUUCUUCGCAUGAAGUGCUGACAAAAAUGGCGGCUCGGUUGCUUGAGGUAAGACGUCGUCUCCCUGUAGCUUUUUUUUUUCCUAUUUACUUGAAACGUAGAAUUUUUGCGAACAUUUGCUUUCAAAUUUCUUUGUCACAAAUAAACUUCGAUUUUGGAACAAAUUUUCUUGUCAGGAAACGCUGAGUUCACGAAACGGCUUCUUCUACGCGAAUAAACGGGAGUUGUAAACAAUCCAUCGAGCACAAAACUCACCUACAGUAAAUAUAAAGACGCCGUUUUGAAUCCUUGCGAGUCUUUUCUUGCCUUUAAAAAAGUCAGCCCUAGGAUUUUUUCGACUUUUAAAAGAUCGUUCCCUACGAACAUGGGAAAAACACCGAGCUCACACAUUAUCCACUCGCUAAGAGGUGAUUAUUGUUAAAUAGUCCGAGAUAGCGAGCCAAUCAGAUUGCUUAAAUCACCAAGAUCACUGAGUGUGUAUAUACUAACGUAGAUUAUUUACGACAUACAAGGAAUUUGCUUUGAAGCUUGCUUGAUUUUAAAUAGAUGCUCUCAUUUAAAUCCAAUCCUUUUACGUGGGAUAAAAGUGCUAAAGCAGUCAAGUCUUCAGUGGUGGACUUCAAAUUAAAGGCAAGUGGAGGUACAGCUAUGAACAUUUCACGGCUGCCAGAACCAGUGGAGAUUUUCAUAGCUCUUCCCGAUAAGAGCAAAGAAACUGAAAAGGAGAAUAUUUCCACGCAGAACUUGUUUUUAAAACCUAGCGAAGGAAAGAACAACUUUCGCUACCAUAGGUUUGCUGUGUCCUCCUCAGAUGUGCUGGUUACAAUAAAAUUGACACCUGAGAAGGGAAAAACGGUAGAUGUGUUCGUGAACUACAAAACGAAGCCAACUCCUCAAGACAAUGUCUUCAGCAUUUCGAUUCCCAAUUUUUCAUAUUGCUCAAAUGCUACCCAGAAUUCUUCGCACAGCCGUACUUGCUCAUCAGAUCCCUACACUUUUACGUUUUCAAGUCAGAUAUCUAAUAAAACAGGCAUUCAUUACCUUGGAAUAAGAUACACCCAAAAGGGCCUGAGUCGAGUAAGACGUUCUUGCAACCCAUUUCAUAGAAGAGGCAAACGGUCUUGUGUGGAUGUAAAGGACGCCCCGACAACUCCUGCUCCAACCCCAAGGAUUAUUGUUCCAAUCUACAACUUUUCAACAGACGUAAACUAUACCUUAAGCAUUUCAGUUACCGGUUGUUUGUACUGGUCAGAAUCCAAAGAGACGUGGACGGGUGAAGGAUGUCAGGUAAGUCAACGUUUGCAAAAGCUUGCGAAGUUCUUCCUUUAGCAUUUCAAGGAAUGACUGUUUGUAUAAGUGAAUCCUUGUACUUGCAAUAUUUUAGGAGGAAUGUGUAUCUACAAGUGAUGUAUUUUUGGGUCACCAUCAAGAGAGACUAAUCUAUCUUGCCACUAUAAAUGUUCUGUCCUUUUUUCCUUACAAAAAUACGUUUUGAGACAUAAUUUUAUUCAUUUAAUCAAAAACGUUCCAUUGUUUGUAAAACUGCUCUUUUAUUUCUUAACAACUGACAAAAUCAGUGCGUGUGAUGCUUACGUUGGGUAUGGUCGGGGUAGUGGUUUCAUUUUAUAACAUAAAAGUACAAAGAAAUAACAUAAGAAAACCGUGUGGUAAAGAGCACCUGCAUGCAUCACGUCGGCCUUCAGUUAAAAAGUCAAUACCUGUCAAUAAUGACUCCUUCAGGUAUCUCUGGGAUGCUGACAGCGUUAUAAUUAUGCUUUAAUUACCCAGGUUGGACCAAAGACGACGUCUAGACAAUUGCACUGCCUGUGCACCCAUCUAUCUGCCUUUGGAGGCGACUUCUUUGUGGCUCCAAAUCCCAUUGAUUUCGAUAAGGUUUUUGCAGCGUUUGGAAACUUAGCGGAAUCAGGGAACAUUGUAGUAUUGUGUACAGUUUGUGUCAUCCUUGGAUUGUACGCGAUCGCCCUCGUCUUUGCACGAAGGGAAGACAAACAGGAUGAGUUAAGGGUAACUAAAUGCUAAUAUGCUCAACAUAGAUAGAAUAUUAAUAUUUUAUAUGUUUAGCGUAGCUAUUGGGUUCCUGGGGUGUCCUUGACCCAACCACCCGCCCCUCCCUUUUGCAAGAGGCAUCCUGCAUGUCUUUUUUCUGCAAAGCGUUACGUCCAGGAUAAUGUGAUGUAACAAGGGAAGACUUGCCUUGGCAAAUUUAGCGCAACACAGGGCUGCACCCACGUUGCAGGUUUGUUUUUUGUUCUUGUACCCAUUUAUUCACCUAAGUGAUGACAAAGUGGAGCAAAGUUCUUUGUCUAUUAGGAAACAACGCGCUGGGCAAGGCUUGAACCCAGGGCUUCCAGAUUAGGGGUUCGAGGCGUUUUCCGCUCGGCCACACAGGCCUCCACCAUUACCUAAUUACAUAACAUUAAUCUUAUCCUGUCCUAUGUCGGUUAGGUUAUUGCAGACGUUCAUCUCAACGAGAGCGAAGGAGACGUCAGGUAUCAUCUCUCGAUUCAAACGGGAAUGUGGCGAGGCAAUGGAACGACCGCGAAUGUUGGCAUAGCGAUAUGUGGUAAUAAUGGAAGUACAGGUAACGUGCCUCUUACCGACCCUCAGCUUGAACGGUUCUUCUUUUCUCGAGGAAGCAUCAACAAUUUCACGCUCUGCCUAAGAGAGACAAUUGGCUGCUUAAAUAAGAUUCGCAUCUGGCACGAUAAUAGUGGAAGAAGUCCGUCUUGGUUUCUCAUGCAGGUUGUCGUCACAGAUCUCGCCACAGGUGAAAAGGCGCAUUUUGUUGCUAACAGGUAUUUGAAGUAAAAUUGCUUCUACACAGAUCACAAGACAAUUUUGCCAUUCAGUAGUCAAGAAUCGGGAAUACUGGAAACGUAUGAAUACUGCCUUUUAGUUUAAUUCUCAAGCUUUGAAGGGCUGACGGCACAAUGUGUGGCUGAUAGAAAUGUGGCCAUUCAACAAACUGCAUAGUGAUAGGAUAAUGCACCUCAUUAAGGGCACUUGGUAUAACUCCUCAUGUUGCUAGGCUGGGUACAGGGGGAUUUCAUCUGCCCAUUGGUACCAAUGAUAUAAUUGGUACCAAAAGAAAUGGAUGUAUUAGAAAGGUUUUUUUUUCUGAAAUCCAUUUUUGUUUUUUUGAGAAAGAGGAACAUUCAUGUGAUGAGGUUGCUCACAUUGACUACACCUACACCUUGCGUCCUUUUACAAGUCUUAACGUUUUGUGGAAUCGUUAUUGUUCUCGGUGUACUGCUCAUAGAAUGAGAAACAUUCAUGUGAUGUCUCUUGCUCCAACGUAAGCACCAAUGGUACAAUUGGUGUGGGUGUUUUUGACGAAAUGUAUCCGUACGUCUUUGAGACAGGUGUGCCCACAGAGAGCCUUGACUCAUUUAAAAAAAUCUUUCUAUACAUCUCCAGAGCCCCAAUUGCUCAACAAAGGCGUAUCACCAAGAACGUUGUCUCAUCCAGAACCUUUUGAUUUUUUAUACUGAUCUUGGUUGAGAAAAGUACGUGAUGUCUUCUGGCAUAAUCAGCUUGAUAAAAAUAAGUGAAAUGAAUUGGAGCUAUUUAGUAUCAAAAAGAAGAAACUAGGUAGCAGCCAUAAAAAGGUAAAUAGUUUGUUCGCCGGGUCGAGUUAAGUCAUUGGGCUGGGGAUUACAAUGUACAUUAAGUAGAAGUUUCCCAAGAACUUCCUCUUUUAAAUCAUGCCUUGACUGCACACUGUCCGUUUGGGAGGGUUGAAAAUUUCUCCAGAUCAACAUUAACGUCCUCCGUCUUCCUUUCCUUGUCUUCUAGGUGGAUUGCAGUAGAGAAGGAGGACGGAAACUUAGAACUAGAGCUACCAGUAGCAGGCAAAAAGGAGUUGUCAGGAUUUAAGAACUUAUUCUACUCCAGAACAGCAACUAGUCUUGGAGAUCGCCAUCUUUGGUUGUCAGUUUUUACUAGGCCACCCCAUAAUCCUUUUACAAGAGCUCAGAGACUAGCAUGUUGUGUCUCAAUCUUAUUUGCAGCAAUGGUGACCAAUGCCAUGUUUUACAAUUUCGGAACCCCACCUGGUGACGCGGUACAGAUAGGACCGCUUAAGGUCAGCCUGACGCAAAUAAAAAUUGGAAUCCAGAGCAGCCUAGUCGCUAUUCCGGUUAACGUUUUGGUUGUUUCAAUCUUCAGAAACUUAAAACCGCGAGAAUCGCAGGAAGAUGAAGGGCUAAAAAGCAAAGGAUGCUUGCCACACUGGUUUGUGUUUGUUGCUUGGUUUAUCUGCACUAUGGCUUCUUUGACCGCGGCAGCAUUUAUUGUGUUUUACAGUAUGAUGUGGGGAGCAGAGACCUCGAAUGAAUGGCUUGUUUCUGUUAUGGUGUCCUUCUUCCAAGACGUGAUUGUGAUGCAGCCAAUGAAAGUCCUUGUGGUGGCUUCAAUCUUAUCCUUAUUAAUCAAAAAACCACCGGAGCAGGAAAAAGUCCUGGGGGAGUCUAUGUCAGGGAAACAAACAGGAGGUGUUGUGAUUCUCGAUCAAAAAGAGCGGGAGAGAGCUCGCAAAUUUAGGAGUAGUCUUGUUCAACUGGGUCGCAAGGUGGUGGAAUUUGUACUUUUUGGCUCAUUUAUUUUUCUCAUGAUGGUGGUUUGCUAUAGCAACCGAGGAGUGGCAAGAUUUACACUCACCCAAUCUAUGGACAAUUUGUUUCAUUCUUUUACAAAAGUAAGAUGUACUUUAAGUGUUUUUCUGCAGCUACUGGAUUUUAAUAUCUUCCUUAGGUUGCUACUGACUCGAAAAAUCCGAUAUUUUCAUGACUUUGUGGCACAUACCCUAGCUGUCUGAGAAAGAAAACUGGGUUGGUCAAAAUUUGAUUGGUUGGUUAAUCAAACGUUUUUCUGAUAGAUUUUUUGCCUUGCUAUGGGAUUCCUGCAGGUGCAUUCAGUAUAACAGUGAUGGGGAGAGUUAAUGAGGCCAAAUUCUUAUAUCCCCAAAGAGUUAAAACAGCCCAAAAAGUCCUGUGAUAAAUAAACUACUACAAUUGACAUAAAAAUUGGCAACACUUUUGCUACUCAAUGACUAACCCUCAACAAAGGCUGCAUCACGGUCUUUUAUUUUUUUUAAAAAAAAGUAAAACCAAAUUCUGGACUUAAAAAUGACCAGUUGUAUCGCAAAUUUCAAGCGCACGAAAGGGCUCCGAAACUCCUCGUCACUGUUCUACCCACCGCGAGGUUUACCUGGGGCCUUUCUUCUCUGUUUCCUCCCAUAUGUCUAAUAUAUAGAUUUAGCCAAGGCUAAAGGCAAAGCUCUCGUGGAAGCUUUUAAGAAAUACCUGUCGAGAAUAAAGUGUUCUGAGCAUGCGAUCACUAACAUUCCAUAACUAUUCAGCGCGAAACUUUUGAAAACACUCCAUCUGUAAUGUCAAUGGGUUGUUAACAUGAGCCCGCAAUACAGUCGUAAUACUGGUCAGCGGAUACAGUAUUUUGACAGCUGUCAAUUGAUCAUAAGAUGCAUGGAUGUCCAACAUUAAGUAAAACACAAUUUGGAUAUGCCUUAGACUUUUAAGCUAGUAUUAAGUAUGACAUUUUGUCAGAGCCCAAAUUUCUUGGACGCAUAGAUAACCAAAUCUUAUGACCCUUGUUUCACCACUGCGAGCGAUAGAGCUGUACUAUAACUAAUUCCUCUUUUUUGUUCAUGAAACAAGGUUUGCCAACAUACACACAUCUGUCACAGUAUACAAUAAACAUGAUCUGGUAUGUUGGCUGUCAUUACCACUUGGUUUUUUUGGUCGACAAAUAAUAAUUGCCGUAGAUUCCCACUUUUCCCCAUAUAUUUCAAAUAGGUCUGUUUUACCUUGUAGGUGAAAAAUAUUUCUUCGUUCUGGAAAUGGUCAAAGAAAAUUCUGAUACCCAGACUAUACAAUGCUGACUGGUACAAUGGUCAAGCAUUUAAUUACGAGGAAGGGUUUCUCAGUAAUCGGGCAGCGUUCUUAGUCGGAAUGCCAAGAAUACGACAGUUAAGAAUCAAAACGGGUAAGUGAAUGACGUCACUCCAUUAAGUAGCUCUUGCUUCAUUAAAUUUGAUAUUUUCAUACUUGUCUCGACCGUAGAAAUAGUGACCAAAAAAGUUCAGUUAAGGCUUUUCUCUCUUCUGAUAUCUCCUAACUUGAGUGUCGCAUGUCAUUGUUAUAAUUGGAGUUGAUGGGGUUCGGGUUAGCCUGUUGUGCCAACUGUGGUGGUAAAGGUGGGCACAGAAAAUAGAAGGAAAAAGUAACCGGCUACUCGGUUUCUCUCGCCCUCUGCGUUCACUAUUUCUCUUUUCGCGCUUGGUUUUAUUUUAGCUUGGGACAACCAACUGAGGCCCUUGAACGGUCUAAUUAGGAAGAAACGUAAGGUUUUUAAGGUGAUUCCCUGGUUUUGCACUGCGCAUCGCUUACUGCGCAUAACAAGAUGGCCGCCGUAAAAAAGAGCAUGUGAAGUAACAUUAUUAAAAUGAAGUUGACUGAAGAUAACGCUAUUGGAAUUUUUGCUUGCGGUUGUUUCUUGCCGAGGUGAGGCUCAGUCUGUUGGGGAUGUGCAUAACGUAAGCAGUACGCGUGUUGCUGAGUUCGACUUCCUCACGGAGAACCUCGAUAGUAGAUGUUUUAAAACUUGUGCUUACUCACUUUGAUUUUCAUUUAAACGCUUUCUUUAUCACAUUGUGUCCUAAAUGUGAUAUCUCGAUGUGAAUUCUGUAAAAUCGGAUUUUUAAAUACUUUCAUCCCCUUUCACAUACAUUCUAUUUUGAAACUCGCCCCAGUCCUCUCUAAAAUCGGAGAAAAUGCAUUUGGUGCACACUUUCUGCAGCUCUACCGCAAAAACGAGUACGGUGACCUCCAUUUUUUAUUUCAUGAUUUUAAUAAGGACAGUUCUUCCUUUCGAUGAGAAAAAAAUUGGCACAAAUCUGGCAAUUUUACUAAAUUGUACGGAUUGAGUUAUCACGGGUCGAAUAGUGCGUGUCCAAUUCAAUUCUACUUUGCAGCGUAAAGUAAAAACAGGAGCAUUAAAAGGCAUUUUUCUGGUAUGUAAGUGGAUAAACAAUACAAUAAAGUCAAAUUAUGUGCGAUACCACAUGCAUCAUCGAAAAAAUCUCUCCUUUUUGUCUAGUUUUGGGCUGCGGGCGGUUUUUGUCAAAGGGUCCAAAAUAGCCGUAUUUGUCAGCAUUGUGACGUCAAAACGAGCACGGUGACCCCCACUUUUUAUUACUUUUUUAUCAUCUUCCUGACUUGUUACAUCAGUGUACCAAGUUUCAUCUCCAAUCUGUGGUAGGUUCUUUUACUAAGGAAUCACCUUAAACAGGUCAGAAGGGGUUAUGGCGGCAGGAAUAUUUACAACCUGCACUGAUAUUUCUCUCUUCGUAUAUUCAGUGCCCUGAAGAAUUAAAUAUGGCAGGGAAAAUUAAUGCCUGACAUAACAUACAUUGACAGCAAUUCCUUAGGUACAGUUUUCAAAUUGUCGUUGGUGGAAAGAUCUGUAUAUUGUAACUGUUCAUCGGUAGGGCGCCAAAAAUGUGUGCAAUUCAAUAACAGUUGGUUCCGGAUUCAUUAGUCGCACACCAGCUUUACAACAGUCUGGGAAUAGCAACCCACAAUGUGAACAGCUUAAAGACAAGACAUAGUAGUAAGGAAGACAAUGCAAAAUUAAGGCUACAGGAGAUUGUUUGAGAGGGCUGCUCAAAAGUGAUGGUGACGUUGGUGUGAUGUCUAACGAUCUUACCGACGAAAAUUAAUGUAGAUGUAGAUGUAGAUGUGUCUAAAGACACGUCAGAUACAUCGUCGCUUAAACUCCUUUAUCGUUAUUUCUAUCCACAGAAGAAAGUUGCACGAUUGCAAAGAAUGAACCAGAUUUAGCAAGGAAGUUCUCCAGAUGCCUUCCGUUUUAUACAAGUGAGGAGGAGAGUACAUCACCAUAUAACAAACCGGGGUGGGAAACAAUUCAAAACUCCACCAUCUUCUUCUCCAGCUUUGAGCUUGAACGUGAGUGUCCAAGGCCUUGGAGAUACCAAACAAGGGAAAGUCUUCAACUUAGACCAUUCAAGGGUGUCAUGGCUAUGUUUGAUGGUGGAGGAUACGUUGCCGAGCUUGGAUACAAUUCCCUUUCAGCGAUAAAUGUUAUCAAAGUAUUGGAAGAGAAUAGAUGGAUCGACAAUCAAACAGCGGCCGUUUUCGUCGAGUUCACAGUUUUUGAGCCGUCAAGCUCACUUUUUUCUGCGAUAAAACUUCUGUUUGAGCGAUCACCUAUCGGUGGAUCACACGCAUUAGUAAAUAUCAAGACCCUCUCACUAUACGCUUCACCAGAUCCAAAAUCUAGAUCACUUUUCCAGAUUUGUCAGCUCCUGUUGAUGAUUAUUCUUAUCGUAUUUAUAUUUGCCGAGACUGGAAAGAUUCGUCGAGAGAAAUGCUCGUACUUCACGGGGCUUUGGAACUGGUUGGAGCUUUUUCAAAUUUCCAGCACUAUUUGUGCUCUUGUCUUUUUCUUCUUAAAGGAAUCACAAACAAGCCAGUUUGUGAAAAAAAUUCAGGAAAACCCCUUCAAGACUUCAAGCACCAACAACAUUGAGUUUAUGUCCGAUUUAGAAACCUAUCUCCUCUCCUUCGUGAUUUUCAUUGUCACGAUCAAGUUUCUUCGACUCAUUAAAUUUAACCGUCACGUUUGCCAGGUGAUAGGGACAAUGCAACGAGCAGCAACGAAGGUUUUCUCCUUCAUGACAGUUUUUGUUAUAAUCAUGCUAGCUUACACCCAAGUUGGUUUUGUUGUGUUUUCGUCAGAAGUCAAAGCUUACAGCUCCUUCUAUAGCUCCCUACGAGCCAUGUUGCUCCUUUUAUUUGGAGGUGAAAUGUAUUUCCAAGAGUUGCAGUCGACGAGCAGAUACAUCACUCCGGUGUUCCUAUUUGGUUAUCUGUCUUCCAUGGCGAUGGUUCUUUUGAACAUGUUCCUCGCUAUCUUGAAUGACUCCUAUAAAGAAGUCAAGAACUUUGACCCGGGAGAGGCCUUUGCUGAUGCCGAACUCGGACAAUUUAUUAUCGACUACGCCAGUCAAAAGAUACAAAAGCUCAAGGAUGAUACCUUAGAAUUGGUGGAAUAUAUGGUGUGUAGCUUGAUAAGAUUCUUUCAGAAGGACGAACAAAAUAGACACGACAGUGACCUGGAAGAAGCAAAGCUCGAACUUUUAGAGGACAACGACGGAGUUGAUAACGAGAACGAAGGGUAUCCUUUAUUAAAAGCUACAUCCCUGAGCAUCGUAGAUAACGUUGAGAACAUGUCGCUUGGUGACCUCAAACAGGACAUUAUCCGGAUUGGUAAAGAGAUGCGUCAGUCCUUGACAUCCCUCCAAUCUAACACUGACAGAAAAUAUAUGCGUAAUCAGUCGGCGCCACAUAACGUAAGAAGCAAUCAAUGGCUUAAAUAUGAUAUAGGUAGUAACCAAAGGCACUCUUCAUAUUUUUCUGCCAGUGGAAGUUACCUGGAGGAUAUUUGGCGAAAAGACCGCGAAAACCAUCUUCAAGAUGCCAAGGUAAGAAAUUACCAUGAUAGUGAAGAUGGACAAACCUCCAAGAGCUAUGAC